UCCACCGCAGCUACAUCUCCGGGUGGUCAGCCGGAGCGGAGUUCGGGAGUUCCGUAGACUCUACCGCAGCUGUCCCCCUCUGCUGGCUUUCUCGCCGCAGCCUCUGGAGGAAACAGGCCCCGAAUCCUGUCAGAAAAAUGUCGGCUCCAGCUCAGCCACCCGCCCAGGGGGAAGAAGGGGCUGCCCCAGGUGGGGGUCCCCCAGGUCCCCCUCCUAACAUGACCAGUAACAGACGACUACAGCAAACCCAGGCACAAGUGGAAGAAGUGGUGGACAUCAUGCGUGUAAAUGUGGACAAGGUUUUGGAGAGGGACCAGAAGCUGUCGGAGCUGGAUGACCGAGCUGAUGCCUUGCAGGCGGGAGCGUCACAGUUUGAGAGCAGUGCUGCCAAGCUAAAGAGGAAGUAUUGGUGGAAAAACUGUAAGAUGAUGAUCAUGCUGGGAGCCAUUUGUGCCAUCAUCGUGGUAGUUAUUGUAAUCUACUUUUUUACUUGAGAAUGUGCCAUCCCUACCCUGUUCUCCAUUGCCAUCAGAACUCAUGCUCCUCUCCCUCUGUUUGCUCUCUCAAUGAACUCCCCCAUCUGCCUUCUUACAUCCC